AUGUCGAUCGUGACGCUGCAGCUCGGGCAAUGCGGCAACCAGCUCGGCUACGCGCUCUUUGACAAGCUAGCGACCGAGCUCGAGGCGCCACUGGAGAUGGACAUCUUCUUCCGCGGUCCGUCGUCCACGGCGCGGGCAGUGCUCAUCGACAUGGAGCCCAAGGUCGGCGACGGCCCAUCCGAGACGCGGGCCUCGAUCCCAACAGGAGCGUAG